CAAGUGGCUAUGUUGUGCUUCAGAGACUUUGGUACCUAUUUCCCAAUCCUGCUGCGAGAUAUGGGUUGCAUCCACACUGCAGCAAUAAUCCAGUUUGACCCCACUUGAAGUGCCAUAGGCUCAGGGCUAUGCAAUUCUGGGAUCUCUAGUUUGGUGAGCUAUUCAGCCUUCUCUGUCGAAGAGCUCUGGAGCCACAAGGACCAACUGUAAGGUGGAAUGAUUGCAGGAAGGAUUGGGAAGGUCAGAAUGAUGGAAAAGCAUUUGUACAUUAAUAAUAAUAAUAAUAAUAAUAAUAAUAAUAUAUCUUGCCCCAUCUGCACUCAGGCAAAAAUAAGCGAAAGCUAAAAAAGCAUCCCAGGGGAUGCAGAUCCCUGCAGCUCCGAGUGAUGCUCCCAAGGGAGGACCUUUGGGAAGCCCUCCAGGGCAGGAGGCUGAGAUGGAGGACGUGUCCGGGAAAAGGAGGACGGCUGGUCAAUCAUCCCUCCUCCUGCACAGAAAGAGGAGGAGAGGAGGACAAGGAGGAGAAUAAGCCAGAGCACCGCCUCCCAGGCCUCCCUUUAAGUGGGAUCCCAGGCUGGGAGCAUCAUCACAAGGGAAGGAGGCAGGCUGCCUGCAGGGCAUCACGACCACAACUCACACUUCAGAAGCAGAGUGGUGGUUCUCAACCUUUGGAUCAUUUUGACUUCCGACUCCCUGAAUCCCUUUGGAAAGCCCAAGACACCUGGAGAACCAAAGACCCGGGAGCCGUUGCAUUAGAAAACUGUUCUCCGUUGCUCGAAGACAUCCGUCAUUCAGCCUUAAAGGAAUAAGUUUAAAAAGGAAGACAUUAAGAUGAGAAUGAGGCAGCAGUUCCUCCUGGUUUUGCUUUUGGGGACAAUUGCCACACUUCAGUGCAAGGAACUUUCUCCUCGCAGUAAACGGGGGACACGAGGAACAUCGCGAGUACGAAGAGUCGUAUGCAAAGACCAGACAACUCAGCAGAUAUAUCCGCAGAGGGAGAGUUGGCUACGGCAAGCGAACAGGCGCAUCGAAUAUUGUCGCUGUGAGACCAGCGGCAUCUUCUGCCAUGCGGUGCCUGUGGAAGCCUGCAUGAGGCCGCGGUGCUUCAAUGGAGGCCGCUGCCAACAGCCGUUGUACUCACCCAGCCUCUUCAUCUGUUUGUGCCCCCCAGGCUUUGCUGGGAAACACUGUGAGAUCGAUACUAAAGCAAUGUGUUACCAGGACAUGGGAGAAACGUACAGAGGGACAUGGAACAUCACUGAGACUGGAGCUGAAUGCUUAAACUGGAACAACAGUGCCUUAGUAAAUAAGCGGCACAACGCACGCCGGUCUAAUGCCAUGUUGCUGGGGAUUGGCAACCACAACUAUUGCCGAAACCCAGAUAUGGACUACAAACCCUGGUGCCACAUUUACAAAGAGGGAAAAUAUACCUGGGAGCACUGCAGCAUUCCUUCCUGCUCCAACAAAAAGCACAGUUGUUACUCCGGAAGGGGCACAGACUACAGAGGCAGCUAUAGCCAGACACGCUCCGGUGCCACUUGCCUAAGAUGGGACUCCCAGAUCAUUGCCAGCAAAGUCUACACUGCCUCGAAGGUUAAUGCUCAACAGCUAGGUCUUGGCAGCCAUAACUUCUGCCGGAAUCCUGACAAUGAUACCCAGCCAUGGUGCCACGUUCUCAAGGGCAGGAAGCUCAAAUGGGAAUACUGUGACGUACCAAUCUGUUCCUCCUGUGGAUUGCGGAGACAAAGGGUGGCCCAGUUCCGGAUCAAAGGAGGCCUCUAUUCCCAUAUCCAGUCCCACCCGUGGCAGGCAGCCAUUUUCGCCAGGUACCCACGAGCCGAUAGUUUUGUCUGUGGUGGGAUUCUGAUCAGUUCCUGUUGGAUCCUCUCAGCCGCCCACUGCUUGGUGGACAGUCCUGCACUCAGGCGCCUCAAAGUUGUUUUGGGCAGGACUUCCCGGGUGAAUCCUGAAAGGACCGAACAGGUGUUCCAAGUAGAGAAAUACAUCCUGCAUAAAGAGUUUAUCCACUCAACCUUUGACAAUGAUAUUGCACUGCUGAAGCUGAAGUCCGUUUCCGAUGAGUGUGCCGAAGAAACCGACUCCGUCCGUCCGGCCUGCCUCCCCGAACCUGGGGUCAAGCUGCCCGACUGGACAGAAUGUGAGGUCUCUGGCUAUGGCAAGCAUGAGGAAUUUUCUCCUUUCUACUCGGAGCGUCUGAAGGAAGGACACGUGAGGCUGUAUCCAGACAGCCUAUGCAAACCUGAACGCCUCGAAAACAGGACCGUCACUGAGAACAUGUUGUGUGCAGGAGACACCAGGCAGCUGGAUGAUGCUUGCAAGGGCGAUUCUGGAGGACCUCUGGUUUGUCCGAAAGAUGGCCGGAUGAUCCUCCUCGGUAUAGUCAGCUGGGGCGUGGGCUGCGGGAAGAAAGAUACGCCAGGUGUCUACACCAACGUGGUUCGCUACCUGGACUGGAUUGAGGAGAACAUGAAGGCCUGAGCCUUGUUGUGUUUCACGUACUCCAGGAUCUCCUUGCAUCAGGGAGAGGCAAUGGAGGGGAUGCCAGUGUGAAAAGCUGGUCUCAUGGGAAUGGACUGACCCAUGGCAUUUGUCGGAAAGGGGACACACCUGGCCAAAGUUUAGAGAAGUUUCUUUUAUGGACUACGUCUCCCAGAAUCACCAAGCCAACAUCGCAAGUGGCCAUGAUCACAAAAGUUGUAGUUCUGCUGGCUGGGGGAUUCUGGAUGAUACGAUCCAAUAAGUAACCGUUCCCAGCUCUGUAUUUCACACAGGACCAUCCUCUCCCCUCCUUCAGCUACCGUUGGGGUUAUUGGUUUGCUUUCUGUGCCACUUCAACAGUCCUACAAUCUCUCCUCACCAAGGCAUUCAAGAAAGUGGUUGGAAGAAGACCAGGCAUGGCUUAGGCGAAAAGCGUUGUAUACAUGUACCAGGAAGAACAGCCUAGUGGAUGGAGUGGAACUUACUUCUGAGUAGAUAUGUAUAGGAUUGUGCUGCAAAUGCAUUGCCAGAAGACAUUGGGUACAUUGAUAGAGAAGGUCAGAGCUUGGAUGUGUUCUUUUUUGGACUACACCUCCCAGGAUCCCCCCUGCAGAAAACUUUGCAGGCACUGAAGAGAUUUCUUGCAAGGUUAUGUGAAAUAAAUUGCAUCGCUAAGAAAUGUUAUUUUUUAUUUUUUAACUGGGGACCACGCUUGAGUCCAAAGUUUCACUCAGCCAAGCUGCUCUUUAAACCUUUUUCCCCCCAAAGGGACCAUUUUUGACAGUUCCCUCUAUUUAGAGAGAUUAUUUUUAUACUGUCUGACUAGUCAACAUGUUCUCUAGAAAUAAAAACAAGGAUGUUCACAUUUUCUGAUGUGUGUGUGAACGACAGGCAUCUCCUGAUGCUGCUUGAAUAGUCUGGUUUAAUGUUGUCCUAUGUGUGUUUGUGGUUGAAUAACACUGGUCCAACUGGCAAUGGAAAUCAUAGAAUGGCUUCUCUUGGAGGUUGAGUUGAUGCCAAUGUUGGUUUCUCUUAGGUGCCAAGAAUAGAAAGACACGGCUUUCUAUUAAAGCCUUUGGGACAUCAUCACCUCCAUCUUCGCCAUCACCACCAUCCUUAUUUUCUUGUCCGUAGCGUAUCUGUACAUGGUUUUGUAGUCUUUUCUGAUGCUGAAUUUGUUUAAUAUGCUUUUAUCCUACUCACAUUGUUUUAACUUGUUAGCAUGGUUUUGACUGUCUGAGAUCUGACAAUAGAGAGUGGGAUGGAGAUAUUUUAAUAAAUAAAAUGAUAAAGAA